CGCGCUCCUGCCGGACUCGGGCGUCCCCCCUGGCCGGCCGCCCGACGACUCCCGCCUCGCGCCGCUCGCGCUCGCACGCGCGCUCACACCCACGUUGCCCUUCGCCGCACGCGCUCACACUCAUUCUCGCGCGCUUGCCUCACUCACACACGCGCGCUCCCACUCGCGGGAGCGCUGCCACUUGCACGCGCGCUCCCACCGCCCCGUGCGCCCCCUCGCGCGCUCCCCCUGGCGCUCUGGAGCGCUAGCCUCGCAGAGGCGCAGGCACCGCAGGCGAGAGCGCCGAGGGGACCCACGGCCUCCCCAUGGCUGACCUGAGCUUUAUCGAAGAUUCCGUGCCCUUCCCGGAGAAGGAGGAGGAUGAGGAGGAAGAGGAGGAGGGUGUGGACUGGGGCUACGAGGAAGGUGUUGAGUGGGGCUUGGUGUUUCCGGAUGCUAAUGGGGAGUACCAGUCUCCCAUUAACUUGAACUCAAGAGAAGCUCGAUACGACCCCUCACUGCUGGAUGUCCGCCUCUCCCCGAAUUAUGUGGUCUGCCGGGACUGUGAGGUCGCCAACGAUGGGCACACCAUUCAGGUUAUCCUGAAGUCAAAAUCAGUUCUAUCCGGAGGUCCAUUGCCUCAAGGGCAUGAAUUUGAGCUAUAUGAAGUCAGAUUUCAUUGGGGAAGAGAAAACCAGCGUGGUUCUGAGCACACAGUUAAUUUCAAAGCUUUUCCCAUGGAGCUCCACCUCAUCCACUGGAACUCCACCUUGUUUGGCAGUAUUGAUGAGGCUGUGGGGAAGCCCCAUGGAAUCGCCAUCAUUGCCUUGUUUGUUCAGAUCGGAAAAGAACACGUAGGCCUGAAGACUGUAACUGAAAUCCUCCAGGAUAUUCAGUAUAAGGGGAAGUCCAAAACAAUACCCUGCUUUAAUCCUAACACUUUAUUACCAGACCCUCUGCUGCGCGAUUACUGGGUCUACGAAGGCUCUCUCACUAUUCCUCCCUGCAGUGAAGGUGUUACCUGGAUAUUAUUCCGAUACCCUCUAACGAUAUCCCAGCUACAGAUUGAAGAAUUUCGAAGGCUGAGGACACACGCAAAAGGGGCAGAGCUUGUGGAAGGCUGUGAUGGGAUUUUGGGAGACAAUUUUAGACCCACUCAGCCACUCAGUGACAGAGUCAUUAGAGCCGCGUUUCAGUAGCUGAAGAGGGCAGGAGCCGGUGCAUCUUCAUCUGGGAGGAAGACAAUGGUCCUAUAGUGCCCUUGGGUGAGAAACGGAAACUUUGAGCUGCAGCUUCGGUUUAUCCUCAAAGCCUGCAUUGUUUGUCUUCAUCUAAUCGAGCUUUGAUGGACAUCUGUGACAGUUGCCUGUACACAUGCUCUAAUGAAAUGGCUGUAAAUUCAAAAGAAACCCCAUAUUAUGUAUCUGCAUCAC